GACAGCUCAGCUCCCCACGUGAUCGAUCACGUGGAGGAAGCAGCAGGCAUCGUGUCGAUAGCUGUCAGCCCGGUGAAGUCCUCCAUCAGAGCGGAUUGUUGUGCUGUGGGAGAUCCGGGAUGUCCAGCAUGAGUGGCAGGAACCCUGGAGCGGUCCUCGACCUGGAAUCCUUAUCCAAGGUGAGAGUUAAUACCCAGGCUGUCCUGAAGAGGGCGCAGCACAUCCAGGGCCUGAAGCUUCCUAAGAAGCAGUGGCAGGCGGCUUGGCUGCUGAAGGCCGUUUCAUGCAUCGAUUUGACCACGCUGGCUGGAGACGAUACGCCAUCAAAUGUUCACCGACUCUGCAUGAAAGCCAUCCAGCCGGUCCGAUACGACCUUCUGAAGAAACUGGAUAUGCACGACAAAGGACUAACAACAGCAGCGGUGUGUGUGUAUCCGUCCCGUGUGGCUGACGCCUCUAAAUCUCUGAAGGCAGCCAACUCCGGCCUCCCUGUUGCCUCUGUUGCCACUGGAUUCCCAGCUGGCCAGACGCCCCUGGAGACCCGCCUCCAAGAAGUCCGUACCGCUGUGAGAGACGGCGCUACGGAGAUCGAUAUCGUCAUCAAAAGGACCCUCGCUCUGACAGGACAGUGGGAAGCCAUGUACAGCGAGGUUCGCCAGUUCCGACAGGCCUGUGGCGACGCCCACAUGAAGACCAUUCUGGCUACUGGAGACCUGGGAACCUUCACCAACAUCUACAAAGCCAGCAUGGUGGCCAUGAUGGCUGGUUCAGACUUCAUCAAGACUUCUACAGGAAAGGAGGCCGUCAAUGCUACUUAUCCUGUUGCCAUAGUGAUGGCCAGAGCUAUCCGUGACUACUACUUGCGUACUGGCCACAAGGUGGGCUUUAAGCCGGCGGGAGGCAUUCGGACGGCGCAGGAAUCCUUAGUGUGGCUAAAUCUGAUCAAAGAAGAACUUGGAGACGAUUGGCUUUGCCCUCAUCUCUUCCGCCUGGGAGCCAGCAGCCUAUUGGCUGACAUAGAGAGACAGAUAUACCACUACGUGACGGGGCAGUAUGCUGCCUACCAUGAGCUGCCCAUGGCCUGACGACAGGAAGUCGUGUUUUAGUCGUUGAACAGAACGCCUGAAACGCCACGAAAAGCGGUCGCUGAAACAAAGAGACCAGCAUGUUUGUUGGGUUAACCAUUGAUUUCAGUGUCCGCACCAUUCAAAUGACUAAUGAUGAAAUAAAUCAUUUAUUUCGACUCUG